CCACCGAAAGCCUCACACCACAUCACUUUGCCGUACAUCAUUGAAGCUGUCUCCAGCUCCGCGACCACGACACGCCAAAACACCCGCGAUACCUCAAUCAACUUUCCGCCGAACUCCCCGACGAGACUGCCGUCUCUGACAUCCACCUGGACGUCGAACUCCCCACACAAACCCCCAGUCAUGGUCGUCCGCAUACGCCUCGCCCGCUUCGGGCGCGUCAACCAGCCCUUCUACAAUAUCGUCGUCACACAAGCAAGAACCGCCCGCAACAGCAAACCAAUCGAAGUAAUUGGCACCUACGACCCCGUCCCCCGCCAAGACCCCUACGACGCGACAACCAAGCCGCACAAGGACAUCCGCCUCGACUCCCUCCGCGCCCGCUACUGGGUCGGCGUCGGCGCCCAGCCCACAGAGACCGUCUGGCGCUUACUCUCCAUGGUCGGCAUCCUCGAGCCAAAGUACAGGCCAAACGGCACCCCCAACACGGCGACGGCGGCAAAGUCGCUCAGGACGCCUGCUUCUCCGGCCAAGGCCAAGGCUCCGGCACCGGCGGCAUCAUCAUAAGCAACGGCGGCGAUUUGUAGGAAAAUUUGACCCGGACGAAGUUCCGUUGGACUGAGGGCGACCCAACCUUCAGUGGCUGGGACAGUGUUGUGUAUCAAAAGCAUCGAAAGCGCGGCGCGAAUUACAGGGGUUGCAGUUGGCUCUUUUCGGCAUUAGACUCGUUGCUGCAGGUCGGAAGGAGCUGACGGUGGGAAUUGUACCAUGAAGACGAAAAGAGACAACAACGGGCAGGCCAUGAACAGGUCGGGUCGCGACUUGGGUCUACCACAGGGCAAGGACGAGGAAAAGUGAUGUAAAAUGGCCAGGGGCGUCGAGCACCAUAUCACAUCACAAGCGUUGUACAAUAGGAGGAUUGUAAAAGGACCA